ACCAAAUUUUUGCAAACAGCAGAAAAUGUGAUCUUUGUUGUAGAUGGCUCUUGCAUUUAAUGUAGCUGUUUAUAUGAUUGAAGCACUUAAUAAGUGUUUUUAUUGAGUAUAGUUACAGAACAGCUGCAGAAAUCUUAAGUGCUUCUGUUAAUUUUUUUUUUUUUCUUUGUAGUUUGGAACUGAAAAAUCUGAGAAGAAAACUGGAGACUGACAGAGAUCAGGGUGAUUCCUCAACUGUGCAGUCUCCUGACAGAAGCACUGCUUUUGUGGGGUAGGAAUGAUGACAGGGGCAAAAAGGAAGAGAAGUACAGUCUGGAGGAAGAUCCAGGCUGUUCGCUUUGAAGAUAUCAAAGCCUGGUGUCUGAGAAGGCUGCCUAUCUUGAAAUGGGUGCCUGUCUACAACUGGAAGGAAAAUUUGGUUCCUGAUACUGUUUCUGGGAUGAUGCUAGCCAUCCAACAGGUGACUCAAGGGCUGGCCUUUGCUGUUCUGUCUUCAGUCCAUCCAGUUUUUGGUUUAUAUGGAUCUUUUUUCCCUGUCAUUAUUUAUGCCAUAUUUGGAAUGGGACGUCAUGUUGCAACAGGAACUUUUGCUCUAACUUCCUUAAUAUCUGCCAAUGCAGUUGAGCGCCUUGUUCCUUCAGUCACAACUAAUUUCACUGCAAACAAUAAUUCAGGAAUUUUGGGUUUGUCAGAAUUUGAAAUGCAGAGGAUUGGAGUUGCAGCAGCAGUUUCAUUUCUAGGAGGAAUCAUUCAGGUAGCAAUGUUUGUGCUGCAGCUGGGCAGUGCCACUUUCUUGUUAACAGAACCCGUCAUAAGUGCCAUGACAACUGGAGCAGCUACACACGUCGUGACUUCACAAGUGAAGUAUCUGCUGGGAAUGAAAAUGCCAUAUAUAUCAGGACCACUGGCAUUUUUUCAUAUUUAUGCCUAUGUGUUUGAGAAUAUCAGAUCAGUUCAGUUGGAGGCAUUACUUCUCUCCUUGCUGAGCAUUGUGGUACUGGUUCUUGUUAAGGAGCUGAAUGAAAAAUUUCACAGAAACAUUAAAGUUGUCGUUCCCAUCGAUCUACUUUUGAUAAUUGCUACAUCCCUUGCUUGCUACUAUGCUGAUAUGGAGUACGUCUACAGGAUAGAAGUUGUGGGAAAUAUUCCUAAAGGGUUGCCACCACCAAAAGCACCACCCAUGAGUGUCCUGCCUGAAGUAGUCACUGAAGCUUUUGGAGUGGCACUGGUUGGUUAUGUAGCCUCACUAGCGCUUGCUCAAGCCUCUGCUAAAAAGUUUAAAUACACUGUGGAUGACAACCAGGAAUUUUUGGCUCAUGGCCUCAGCAACGUGAUUCCUUCAUUUUUCUUUUGCAUACCAAGUGCCGCAGCGAUGGGACGGACGGCGCUUCUAUACAGCACGGGCGCCAAAACACAGGUGGCUUGCCUUAUCUCUUGUGUAGUAAUUCUUGUGGUGAUCUACACAAUUGGACCUCUGCUGUACUGGCUUCCUAUGUGUGUGUUAGCAAGCAUUAUUGUUGUGGGCUUGAAGGGGAUGCUAAUGCAGUUCCGUGACUUAAAAAAAUACUGGAAUGUGGAUAAAAUAGACUGGAGCAUCUGGGUUAGCACCUACGUGUUUACAAUAUGCUUUGCUGCUAAUGUGGGACUGUUGUAUGGCGUUGUCUGCACUAUAGCAAUCGUGAUUUUCCGCUUUCCCAGAGCAAAUACACUGAAUUUGAAAAAUAUGAAAGAAGUGGAAUAUAAAUAUAAAGCAGAAGAUAAUUGUGAAUCACUAAAACAGGUAAAAAUAGUUUCAGUCAACAGCCCAUUAGUCUUUUUGAAUGCCAGAAAAUUUCACGCUGACCUGUUAAAGAUAAUCCAGAAGGAUGGCAUGAACAGCCAGUGUGAGCAGAACACAUUGCUCUGUUCGUUUUCCAAUGGAAGUUGCCAUGGUGAGUUGGUGCAGCCAUGUCACAGUGAGCGACAUGUUUUGAUAUUAGACUGCAGUGGACUGAAUUUCUUUGACUACACUGGAGUCUCUGUGCUUCUUCAGAUUUACAUGGACUGUAAAAACAGAUACAUCGAUGUGUUGCUAGCACACUGCAAAGGUUCCUUGAUAAAAGCAAUGCAGUACGGUGGAAAUCUUGACUCUGAAAAUCCUGUAUUUUUUGAAUCUAUUUCUUCAGCAAUUGAUGCCAUUCAGGUUCACAGGAAUUACAGCAAGUUCAGUGAACAGAGUGAAGUGUGAUGCCCACCCAUGGAGCAUAGCGAGUUUCAUCUACUCAUACGCAAAAUUAACUACAUCAUGGCUUCUCAUUCGCUUUUUUCUCCAGUGGAUCUCAUAGAUGAUCUUUUGUAUGCCAUAUAUACUUAGAACAUUCAGUAACGACAGAUCUGCCUUUCAGAGAGAAAAAUCUUUCAGCUGUGAUCACUCAGAGAAUUUUUAUGCAGUAAUUCUAUAGUGGUUUUAUAAAAUAUUUUUAUAUACAUUUAGAUACAAGUUAUUAGAAAGCAGACAUGAUGUACUGUGUUUACCAAUUAAGUGUAUUCUUUUAGGUAUCUUCUAUUGUAACAUUAGAUGUAAUAUGCAUCUGUAGUUUUGUGUAUGGAAUAGAGACAUGAAUUCUUAAAAGAGUAUGUUAUAAUUGAUACAGGAACU